AUGUUACUUGCAGUAGAAGGGGGAGGGUUUUUCUCUUCAUCAGCUUCAGGAUACAGUAAGGGCCUAACCCUCCUUUUGUUAGGCCAGAAAAACGAGGAAAAACCCAUGAGAGUGGCUCCGUGGACUCAGUACCAAUUGGUGGACCAAGAAACCGAUCCCGAUACCCAGCUGGCGCCUGGCAAGAACUGUCUUGUCCGCGGGUGUGUCUCCUUCGUGUGCUUCGGUCGAGCCUCCUCAAUCACCGGAACUGACGACUCGUGUCCGAAGAAAGUCGGACCCUCUCAGAAUCGAGAAGUCCAGCGACCUCAGAAGUUUGAUGGUGGUGAUGGUGAUGAUGAUGAUAGCAAUAGAAAGAUAGGUAUAAGCCGCAAGAGUAGCUUGAAGAAAUCGGUAGACUUUGCUGGUGCUAUUGUUGAUGGGAGCAGCUUUGGAAUCUCAUGCGAAGAAGACAGCGAUGUAUCUUGUCGAAUAGAAAGGAGGAAAGUUCAGUGGACGGAUGCAAGUGGGGGAGAACUUUUUGAGAUUCGGGAGUUUGAGACGAGUGAAGAUGGAUCAGAUGAUGAAUUUGGUCUUGAGAACGGGAAGAUUUGUGCGUGCAGGAUAAUGUAG